AUGGGCUGCUGUCUUAGUUCCGGGAAAUCCUUCAAUUCACCUAACAAAUUCCAUCGGAAUUCUGACAAUGGAAGCAGAGACCCACCGUCUUCCAUGGAGGAAGAGACCGUCAAAGAAGUGCUCUCUGAAACGCCUUCUCUGAAACCGCCGCCGUCACCGCCGAAGAAGAAUUCUCCACCGGAAGAAGACCAAGUCCUAAAACCAGUCGGUAAUGAGAUUGAGAAGAAGCUUUGUGAAAUUUCCAUCAACGGAAUUGCAGAACUACCUUCUGAAUUCUAUGAAAUUUCCCAUCCGAACGAGUGUAUCUCAGUCUCGACCGCUAUUACCACCGAACAGAUGGACGGCGGCGGAGAGAUUCAUCAAAUGGUUUUGAAAUCAUCGCCAGUGAAAUUGCCGAAGGAUCAAUCAAUUUCCGGAGACUUUGAGGUAAAAAGAGAAAUCUCUCAGAACAGGACACUGACCCGGAGAUCCGACCAGUCGCCAGUCCGACGAAACGGCGCCAUUGGGUCGAUGAGAAUGGUUCAUAACAGAGACAUGAAUCCGGCAAUGGCGCGGCGAGUAUUGAGAGCAGAGCCUCCCCGGAGAGACCCAGAUGAGAAUUCCAUCCGGAGAUCCCGAUCGCCGGCCACCGCACGUUCCGACGGCGUAGGGUCUAGAUCUGCCCUGAGUCGGACCCCAUCAGUGAGAAAGUCCGGUAAAUCAUCACCCAAUAGGGCGGCGACGGCGACAAGUCAAAAAGUAGUAGAAGAAAACAACAUCAUAGAUGGAAAAUUCAACUCUCAGAUUGAAUCACUUGAGAACCCUCUGGUUUCAUUAGAGUGCUUCAUCUUCCUCUGA